AACCAAAAGCGUUCAUUUGCACUGUGUUCUAGUUUCCAUGCAGCUAUUUUUUAAAUGCAGCAAAUAAUCUCCACAGCAGUGCACUUCACAAGUUGGUGUCUCCUGAUCGAUAUUCACGAAAGCAAAGAGUUAUUGUGAAACUGACAACAACAACCUCAGCAUCUAAAAAUGAACGUUUUCACUCGAUGUGCACUGUUCCAUCUUUUGCCAGUUAUUGUCUCUGAGACAGUCUUCCUGCAGACCCCACCAAUCCAGAGUGUUUCUGUUGGAAGUACUAUUAAACUGCAUUGCCACACGGGUUGGUUUGCAAGUGGAGCUGUUCUGUGGUACAAACGCCAUCAGCGAGAAUAUCUACAACUUGUUUAUAUUGUGAGGAAAGACUUCCCCCAAAAGCAACGAUUUUCGGGUGAAAUUAACAAAGAUGCAUCUAUUUAUUCUCUUGUGAUUGAAGAUGUUCAAAGGCAUGACUCUGGUCAGUAUUACUGCGCAGCUCGGAAAUCCUAUGGAACGGCUUUCAUUUUUGGAAAUGGCUCGACAUUGCACAUCGCGGCAGGUCCCUCAAAUAUAUUGAUGUUAUACCCAUCACGGAAUGAAUUUUUUCAGAUGGACGUUGUCCCAUUGAUUUGUUUAGUUAAAAAUGUCAAAUCCAAAACGCUCACCAUCCAUUGGAAUGCUUCCACAUGGAACUCUGUGGGUUCGAUGGUUACUGAGGCAAUAGACUCUGACGGGGCAUACAGCAUCAUCAGCCACAUAAGAGUGCCGACGGAAGCUUGGAACCAUGAUCCUGUCUGCAGUUGCUCAGCUGAAAUCAACUCAAAAGAAAUUCUCAUCUCUGAAUGUGUUUCACAAAAGAAAGAGGCUCCGCAUAGCAUUUGCCUUUUAAAUCUUUAUGGGAGUGCAUUAGCGAUUAUUUUCCUCCUUGCUAUAUUGACUAUUAUCACGGGAUGGAGAUACAGGAAUCGCCAUUCAGGAAACUGGAAAACUGCUGUGCUGAGACAAACACAAGAGACUGUCUAUGCUGAUUUGGCUUUUACAGCGGAUCCGACAUUCUAAUGGAAAAAAAGAAGGAAGUAUUUGUAUGCAUAUUUAAAUGAAAAAAGACUUUUACUAAACCCAUGCCAAAAUUCAUGUAUUUGUUCCAUAGCCCUGUAUCAUACUUUUAUUCAACAUGUCGUCCAAUUAAUUUUUAUGUGUGAUUUUAUUUUCUGUCACGAUAAGCGUGUCAAGAAUUGAGCUCCAAGUCUUUACCACGAUCACAUGAUAUGCUUUACUUUUGCACCGUCCAAAGCAUUCUAUCUAUUCCGAAGUUUGUGCUUACUGUCUCGACCCUUCUGGCAUUUUAAAUACUUUGAUCAAACUGAGAACAUCACAACACAGUAUAAUGGCAUGCAUGCCAAUUAGCUAGCUACUCACCUUCGAUUCUCUCAAGGCGUACAAGCACAUAAAAUGUUUCUUCAUGCAAUAACUAUUUUCGUCUUCCUACCUGCAAAUACGGAAGGUUCCUCUGCUCCACACCAAGGCCAAUCGACUUCAUUUUUUUGUAAAAGCUCAUCUGACCUUGAAUCCACUUCCUUUCUUCAUACCAAUG